AUGAGCCAAACUACGACUUUGGCACCGACAACCAGUACGACCACUCCGCCAGAGACGACCACAGUAGACCCCAACUGUCCUCCAGGCACGUGGGGCAAUGUCCCCCACCCAGAACUGUGCAACUCAUUCUAUCUGUGCACAGGAGGACACGCAAUCCAACUGUUCUGCAGUGAAGGCUUCGAAUUCGAUCCUGAACAUAAGACAUGCGUGGUUAUAGCCGAAGGAGGUUGCACCCUCGGCUCUGGUUCCACCACAGGACCCGUCACUACACCGGACGGCUUCCAAUCGACUACAACUAUGCAGACGACCACGGACAGCAAUGAAGUGACCGGUUCAACCACUGUAAAUGGUGAUGUCACAACUCCAGAUGGAAUUACCACUCUUGGUUCAACGACUGUAAAUGAUGUCACAACUCCAGAUGAUGUUACCACUCCCGGUUCAACGACUGUAAAUGAUGUCACAACUCCAGAUGAUGUUACCACUCCCGGUUCAACGACUGUAAAUGAUUUCACAACUCCAGAUGAUGUUACCACUCCCGGUUCAACGACUGUAAAUGAUGUCACAACUCCAGAUGAUGUUACCACUCCCGGUUCAACGACUGUAAAUGAUUUCACAACUCCAGAUGAUGUUACCACUCCCGGUUCAACGACUGUAAAUGAUGUCACAACUCCAGAUGACGUCACCACUCCUGGUCCCUCCAUAGGAUCAUCUGAUAGCACACCUGAUGAUAGUAAUACAACACCAGCUUUGCCAACCACCACGGAAGCUGUAGACAUAAAUCCAUGUCCCGCAGACGUCUUUGGGAACGUUCCUAACCCAGAAAGCUGUAAUUCAUACUUCCUAUGUGUGAACGGAGAAGCUAUACCCUUCACUUGCGCUGAUGGACUUGAAUUUGAUCCUAUUGAAAAGACAUGCGUGGUCAUAGCUGAAGGAGGAUGUACUCUGGGUUCAGCAACAACUCCUGAGGGACCAUCAACAACUGAAAAUAGUGUCUCUAGCACAACUCUUGCUAACGUUGCGACAACUUCAACGCCAGGAUUGGAUGAAACAAUUUGUGUAGGAGUGUUUGGAACUAUACCGCAUCCAGAGCUGUGCAACUCAUUCUACAUUUGUGAUGGUGACAAACCUAUGCAGCUCUUCUGUGUCGAUGGAUACGAAUAUGAUCAUGGAUCAAGGGGCUGUGUAGAGAUCGCUGAAGGAGGCUGCACGUUCCAAUCUGCAACUACCACAGAAGCUACUACGAUUGCUGACCCGCCAAUAUGCGCAGAAGGCCAAUUUGGAAACAUACCCCACCCAGAACUGUGCAACUCUUUCUAUAUGUGCACAGGAGGCCAGGCUAUCCAGCUCUUCUGUAGCGAAGGUUUUGAGUUCGACCCUAAUGUGAGAGAAUGUGUCAGGAUCGCUGAAGGAGGCUGCACGCUCGGAUCUCAAACGACCCCAGUCGUAGAUGUCACAACUACUCCAAGCUCUGAACUGCCUGACACAACCACAGAAAGAGAUCCAGAUGACUUCCUUCCUGGUGAUGUCGUUACAACCACUGAACGUGGAGUGACGUCUACAUCCGAGCCUACGACUGCUCCUGCCGGCAGCACUAGCUCGGACGUAGAUGAUGUACCAACUGAAGGAUCAACAACAAUUGAUUACGAAACGACAACAUUGCCUACAACGUACGGCACUACCACGGAGGCUCCGAUCUGUGCUCCAGGCGUAUUUGGCAACGUACCUCACCCGGACAGAUGCGACGCUUUCUACUUGUGCUCCGGUGGCAACGCUUUACCGUUUACUUGUGGCGAGGGACUCGAAUUUGACCCUGAAUCCAAGUUGUGCGUGCAAAUCGCCGAAGGAGGAUGUACCAUGAGUAAAGCAACAACACCUGGAGGAGAAACUACUGCACAGGAUGUAACAACUACUGCCGCGCCUGAGACCACUGCACAGGAUGUAACAACUACUGCCGCGCCUGAGACUACUGUACAGGAUGUAACAACUACUGCCGCGCCUGAAACUACUGCACAGGAUGUAACAACUACUGCCGCGCCUGAAACUACUGCACAGGAUGUAACAACUACUGCCGCGCCUGAAACUACUGCACAGGAUGUAACAACUACUGCCGCGCCUGAAACUACUGCACAGGAUGUAACAACUACUGCCGCGCCUGAAACUACUGCACAGGAUGUAACAACUACUGCCGCGCCUGAGACGACAACUUUAGCUCCUACAACAGCAUCAGAUGAUAUUCCCGAUGACGGCACUACGACCGAAGCAUUUAUUGACACUGCCACACAGGCUCCGAUCUGUGCUCCAGGUGUGUUUGGCAACGUACCUCACCCGGACAGAUGCGACGCUUUCUACUUGUGCUCCGGCGGCAACGCUUUACCGUUUACUUGUGGCGAAGGACUCGAAUUUGACCCUGAAUCCAAGUUGUGCGUAGUAAUCGCCGAAGGAGGAUGUACCAUGAGUAAAGUAACAACACCUGGAGGAGAAACUACUGCACAGGAUGAUGUAACAACUACUGCCGCACCUGAGACUACUGCACAGGAUGUAACAACUACUGCCGUACCUGAGACUACUGCACAGGAUGUAACAACUACUGCCGCACCUGAGACUACUGCACAGGAUGUAACAACUACUACCGCACCUGAGACUACUGCACAGGAUGUAACAACUACUGCCGCACCUGAGACUACUGCACAGGAUGUAACAACUACUGCCGCACCUGAGACUACUGCACAGGAUGUAACAACUACUACCGCACCUGAGACUACUGCACAGGAUGUAACAACUACUGCCGCGCCUGAGACUACUGCACAGGAUGUAACAACUACUGCCGCACCUGAGACGACAACUUUAGCUCCUACAACAGCGUCAGAUGACAUUCCCGCUGACGGCACUACGACCGAAGCAUUUAUUGACACUACCACAGAGGCUCCGAUCUGUGCUCCAGGCGUGUUUGGCAACGUACCUCACCCGGACAGAUGCGACGCUUUCUACUUGUGCUCCGGCGGCAACGCUUUACCGUUUACUUGUGGCGAGGGACUUGAAUUUAACCCAGAAACGAGGUUGUGCGUGCAAAUCGCCGAAGGAGGAUGUACCAUGAGUAAAGCAACAACACCCGGAGGAGAAACUACUGCACAGGAUGUAACAACUACUGCCGCGCCUGAGACUACUGAACAAUAUGUAACACAGGCUGCGCCUGAACUUGUUGAUACGACCACGGUAGCGGAUGAUACUACCACAGAGGCUCCCAUCUGUGCUCCAGGCAUGUUUGGCAACGUAUGCGUGCCUAUCGUUGAAGGAAGAUGUACGCUUCCACAGCGCUCAGGUCAGAAGACAGAAGCAAAAGUUGAGUUGACCACAGAAGCGUGGAAAAACACCGUAAACUUCAUGUGCCCUGACAACGAGGACCGCUUUUUGGCAGACCCUAACAACUGUGAUAAGUUCUUCCGAUGCGUUGAAGGAUACGGCAUACAGAUGCAUUGCCCUAGUGGACAGGAAUAUGACGCGUCGGGAGAGAAAUGUGUCGCCAUCGCCAAAGGAGGUUGCUCAUACAACAAAAGGCAAGAAAUUAUAUCAUAA